ACAAAAAUGAAGGUAGAGCAAGUCCUACACAUGAAUGGAGGAGUUGGGAAGACAAGCUAUGCAAAUAAUUCCCUACUUCAAAGAGCAAUGAUUUCAAUGGUGAAGCCCAUAGUUGGUGCAAGCAUAGAGGAGCUGUGUUGCACUCUCUUCCCAGAGUGUUUGAAAGUAGCGGACUUGGGAUGCUCUUCAGGACCCAACACACUUUUGGUGGUGUCAGAUAUCAUAGACAGCAUCCGCACAACUUACCACAAACUCAACCGCCCACCUCCAUCACUCCAAGCCUUCUUGAAUGAUCUUCCUGGAAACGAUUUCAACACGGUGUUCAGGUCAUUGCCAGGCUUCUAUAAGAAACUUGAUGAAGAACAUGAGAAGAAGUUUGGGUCAUGUUUUAUUGCAGGAAUGCCUGGUUCUUUCUAUGGCAGGCUCUUCCCCAACAAUUCUCUGCACUUUGUUCACUCUUCUUAUGCUCUCCACUGGAUCAAUGAGGUUUAA